AUGGAGCUGUUGUCUCGGGUAACAAUUUCAGAAUACUUGCAAGAUACCGAGCAUUUUUGUGCCCAAGAGCAGAAGCGUUGUGAAGAAAGAUUGCAUCGGACCACUGUUAUUCAACUUCGACAAGUUUGCUGUCAUGUCUUGGUUGGCAAGCAUGCUGAUCAGAUUUGUGAAGAUGCGGCGACCUUUUUGGUCAAUAACCAGAAGGAAGAUUUGCGUCGCCUAUUUUCUCUAUUCUCAGAGUUGACCAACGAAAAUGCACUUAUGUCUUUUAAGAAUAUCCUGAAGAAGUACAUUGAGCGGAGCGGUCUUGAGGUCGUGCAAAAAUUCCAGCAGGAAGAUGCGACUAAGAAUCCAGAGAGAUACAUUGAAGCUCUGAUGAAAGUUCGCAACAAGUACUUUGACCUGAUCAAAGAUGCAUUUGGCUUUCACCCGCUGAUGCGGACCGCGCUUGAUCAGGCAUGCCGGACAUUUGCAAAUUCCCACCCGCGACUUCCUGAAUUAUUAGCAAAGUACACUCACUAUCUGAUGUCACAUGAGAAUAAAUGCGGAGCUAGUCGAGCACUGCUUUUGCCAGGAUUACCACGAUCGACGCUUAGUUUGGAUGAUAUGUUGGAGCAAAAAAUUGAAAACAUCAGUGUGGUAUUUUGUCUCAUCGAUGACAAAGACGUUUUCAAGAAAUACUACUCGAAGUUUUUGGCAAAGCGGCUUAUCAAAGGCACUUCUGUGUCAAGUGAUAUGGAAGUGUUGCUGAUUCUCAAGCUGCGCGAUAUUUGCGGGUGUGAUUUUGUUUCAAAAUUGCAGAAGAUGCUAAAGGACAAAAUGCUAAGCAAGGAGUUAUUGCAUUCGUUCUCUGCUUGGCUGGAAGAGAAAGAUACCGAGCUGCGCUCUGAGGACGCGUCUAACGCUUCUGCUAUUGAGCUCCACCACACGGUAACGUAUUAUUGCGACGUUCUUACGGCUGGAGCUUGGCCUAUAUCAAGUGCAGCUGCAGAGCACAAGAUUAUUCUGCCGCCUGCCUUUGAAGCUCAUACCCGCCUGUUCACAAAGUUUUACACCGGAAGGAGCACCGGUCGGAAACUGCUAUGGGUUCACAAUCUUUCGUUUGGGAUGAUACAAAGUCACUGCUUUGAAAAGCGCUACGAGUUUUUGCUGAGCUUUUACCAGAUAUUGGUUCUCCUGCAGUUCAAUACAGCAACGGAAAUUGCACGAUCCGACAUGGUCCGAUUAACCAAUAUCCCAGAAAAAGAUUGUACACACCACAUGGCUAGCCUCGUUAAGUUGAAAUUGCUUACUUCAAACGGAGCUAUUGAGAACCCGACGUAUGCAAUCAAUUUCGGAUUUACCAGUCGUAAACUUCGACUUUCCGCUGUUCCAAACACUCCAGUCGAAUCGCCGAAGACUGUUAAGGUUACACCCCGUGAGGUUGCAGAAGACCGCAAGAUGUCGCUGCAAGCAGCAAUCGUGCGUGUUCUUAAGACACGUCGGGACAUUCAUCAAGCACAACUGGUUAAUGAAGUAAUUCAGAUGCUUGUCAAUCAGUUUGUACCUACAGCCACGGCCAUUAAGCAAAACGUAGAAAUUCUUAUCCAGAAAGAGUACUUGCGCCGCCACGAUGACGACCAAGCAAGGUUUCUUUACGUGGCGUAA